GUAUUUGGAAUGGUAAAAAUGAUCUGUAUCAAGAUAGUGGGCUAAAACUAAUUUAAAUCACGUUUUUUGUCCCCAUUUAGUAAAGUUGUAAAAGCCCUGUUAAAUAUUUUUUAAAGCCUCUGAAAUCAGCACAAUGUUGUAUCACGGCCAAUGUGAUCUCUAACCACAUUGGCCAAGAUUUUAUGAAGGACCUCUAUUAUGGGCGACAGAAAAUUAAUAAGCGGAGUUAUCCAAUCAAUCAGCUCACUAGAAUUUAAAUGAAAACAUACAGAAAUAAGUAAAAAGUGGAGAAAAUAGAAAUGACACCCAGAAUCUUCAAGAUUUGAAAACAGUUUGUCCUGAAAAAUGGGUAAAAAUCACACUUCAUUAGAAAUUUCAAAGAUGUCAUUAUCAAAAACGUUCCUCUGCUAAGUAAUACAUUUCACUAAGCAUGUUCAUUCCACUUCAUUACGCAUAACCUUAUUUAUAGACAUUUUGUUUUGAUUUCCUUAAAUGGGUUGGUACCAAAAUUCUUGUAAAUUUAAUGCUUGACACAUGCUUGACAAUGUCUGUAAUAUCCAAAUUAAUAACUUUGCUGUGUCAAAUAAUCUUUUAUUGGUAAAUUAGGUGAAAUGUCACAAGGAUCACAUUCAGUUACAUAGCAGGGAGCUCAGCGAACACCAGGUCAGGCGCUGUCUAUGUUUGGUGUCUGGUUACAAAGAGAGGCAUGUUGUGGGUGAGAGAGGACAGGGAGAAGCACAGGAAGCAGUGACUAUGUUCACUACCUGAGUAAAGCCACCUCAAGGACAGAGAGCGCACAAGCUUCAGCACAGAAGAAACCCACUGGCUCUGUGCUGCAGACCAAAGUCACUGAUUACUGGCUUUCCUUUCACCGGUGUGUGUAACCAUCUGCUGGUCUCAGAAAGUGAUAUAGGGAAAUGGCUGAGGCCCAUCAGGCAGUGGGCUUCGAGUUCACUGUGCGCCCUGAUGGUGUGGACUUGAAGCUGAGUAAGGAGGUCAUCAAAAACAUCUACCUGUCUUCACUCACUGCCUGGAAGAAGAAAGCCAUUCAGUUGAAGAAUGGAAUACUGACUGAAGUUUACCCUGCCAGUCCGUCCAGUUGGUUGAUAGUUGUGAUUGCCAUGAUGAUGUCCUUGUACACUGGCACAGAUCCCCUUCUAGGAAUAAUAGAUACUAUCAAGGAAAGCCUGCCUUACAAAGACUGUUUGUCAGUGCAGGCCAGAGCAGUUCUGAGCGCCAUACUGCUUGCCACAGCAGUAUGGCUGACCUUCAUCCACUUAAUACGAUUCACUCUAAAGAUCCUUCUUUCCUACCACGGAUGGAUUUUUGAAUCCCAUGGAAAGAUGAGGACAUCUACAAAAGUGUGGCUGAGACUUUUAAAGAUGCUCUCUGCACGAAGGCCCCUGCUCUACAGCUUUCAGGCUGCCUUACCCCGACUGCCCGUCCCUCGAGUGAAUGACACCAUUGAGAAGUAUCUUGAGUCAGUGCGCCCUCUGCUGGACGACAAACAAUACAAACAAAUGGAAAUGUUGGCACAUAACUUUAAAGCAAAUGAGGCAUCUCAGCUCCAAAGGUACCUGGUGCUAAAAUCCUGGUGGGCAACAAAUUAUGUAAGUGACUGGUGGGAGGAAUACAUCUACUUAAGGAGCAGAAGUCCUAUAAUGGUCAACAGCAACUUUUACAUCAUGGACCUUUUGUAUAUGACCCCAACACACCGUCAGGCUGCCCGGGCAGGAAACAUAGUUCAUGCCAUGCUGCAGUACAGGCGCAAGCUGGAGCGUGGUGAACUUGAACCGCUAAUGGCUUUAGGGACCGUUCCGAUGUGUUCCACUCAGAUGGAGAGAAUGUUUAACACCACUCGUAUCCCUGGUAUGGAAACAGAUUUUGUACUGCACCUGACGGACCGAAAGCACCUCGUUGUCUUCCACAGAGGACGCUACUUCCAAGUGUGGUUGUAUACGGGGGGGCGCCACCUCUUACCAAGCGAACUGGAGAACCAGUUUCAACAGAUUCUCAAUGAUAUGUCACAACCCCAGCCAGGAGAACUGAAACUAGCUGCCCUCACUGCCGGAGACAGAGUACCUUGGGCACGGACUCGGCUUAAAUAUUUUAGCCAGGGACCGAACAAGGAAUCCCUGGAUGCCAUUGAGUCUGCCUCAUUCUUCCUGACACUCGAUGAAGAGCCACAGGGUUAUGAUCCAGGAAAGGUUUCCUCACUUGAUACUUAUGCCAAAUCCCUAAUGCAUGGCAAAUGUUACGACAGGUGGUUCGACAAGUCUUUCAACUUAAUUUUAUAUCCAAAUGGAAAGAUGGGAGUCAAUAUUGAGCACUCUUGGGCUGAUGCACCCAUUGUUGGACAUAUGUGGGAGUAUGUUCUUGCAAAAGACUGCUUUCAUCUUGGCUACACAGAGGAGGGACAUUGUAAAGGGGAUGUAAACAGGGGCCUUCCUUCUCCCACUCGAUUGAAGUGGGAGAUUCCAGCACAGUGCCAAGAUGUCAUUCACGCUUCAUACCUGUUAGCCAGACACCUAGCUGAUGAUGUGGACUUCCAUGCCCAUCUGUUCACUGAGUUUGGCAAAGGCCUGAUCAAGAAGUGCAGGACGAGCCCUGAUGCCUUCAUUCAGCUGGCUCUGCAGCUCGCACAGUUCAGGGAUCAAGGUGUGUUCUGUCUGACAUACGAGUCAUCAAUGACCCGUAUGUUCAGAGACGGGCGGACUGAGACGGUGCGCUCCUGCACCUCUGAGGCUGUUGCUUUUGUCCGGGCCAUGGAGGAUCCAGAUGCAACAAAUGCCCAGAGACUUGCACUGUUCCGAAAAGCCGCAGACAAGCAUCAGAACAUGUAUCGUCUGGCCAUGACUGGUUCCGGUAUCGAUCGGCAUCUCUUCUGCCUUUACAUAGUAUCUAAAUACCUCGGUGUUGAAUCACCAUUUCUUAAGAAGGUGCUGUCCGAGCCGUGGAAGCUGUCCACCAGCCAGACUCCUCAGCAGCAGCUUAAUUUAGUUGAUAUCAACAAGUUUCCAAAACAUGUGGGUGCAGGAGGUGGAUUUGGACCUGUGGCGGAUGAUGGGUAUGGUGUUUCUUAUAUCAUUGUUGGGGAAAAUCUCAUUACAUUCCACAUCUCCAGCAAAUUCUCCAGGCAUAACACAGACUCCACUCGGUUUAGUCAGCACAUUCAGAAAGCCAUGAUUGAUAUCCAGACUCUUUUCAAGCAAGAUAAUGACAAGAACGUGGUGGAGAAUGGAAAGGAUGUGCAUUUGGAAAAUGAUAAAAAGAACAUGUAGGACUCUGUGGGGAGAAGUUUUGUUGGUGUGCUUCCAUCAGCUAAAAGACUUGUACUUUUAUUUCUGCUUUUCUGGUGAGCCACACCACAGGAGAUGGGCAUUCCACUCAAAGACAACGGUUAUCACUCUAAUUUAUUUCUGGUUUACAUGCUUGAGUUGCUGUACAUUCUAAUUUAAUGAUGGGAAUUUUAUGGUACCUUCUUUUCUCCUUCUCAGUGUAUGCUGACCACAAUCUGAUGUAAAAAAAUUAAAUAAAGUAAAUAAAU